UGUAACCACAGCAUAGUUAUUUCCACCCUCUUCAUCUCCCCAAAAAUCAGCCGUUACUAACACUCCCCCCACUAUAUAAAUCGCACACAAGUUUUCUCCAAAAACCAUCCACACUAAGCAAAAAACUCACCUUGUUUUCUGCUAAAGCUAAUGGCUUUGUCUGGCAUACCCUUUGUUCUGACUGUUCUUGUGAUUACUGCAAUGGUCUUAAAUGCAUCUGUUGGUGAUUCUAGAGCACUCUCCGACCCAGCUACCCCUCUAAGCCUUGCUCUUAGGUUGAAGGUGGAGGGUGAACCCUCGAACUGUUGGGAAUCACUGUGGCGUAUGCAAGCAUGUAGUGGAGAAAUCAUAACGUUUUUUCUGAAUGGUGAGACCUACCUAGGGCGAAGUUGCUGUGAAGCUAUUAGGGUUAUUGGACAUGAUUGCUGGCCUAACAUUGUUGGUUCUCUAGGGUUUACCUCUGAAGAAACUGAUGUGUUGGAGGGAUAUUGUGAUGAGGCUGUUCAUUCACCACCACCACCACCAUUAUCAGUAGAUCCUUGA